AUGGCUCAGAACGGGAUGGACGCGAUGCUGGAGAGCAUCGACGCUCCUCCGAAGCGCGACAUCUUCGACGACGGCUACCAGGGCGCCACGCCGACCGGAGCCUGGUUCAACGGCCGGAAAUCUGACGGUUUCAAGGAGUCUCCGUACGCGAUUGACCUCGAGCCUGCGUCGGGUUCCGGCGACGAGGCGGCGUCCGCGGCCCUGGGGCGGCCCGCGGUUGCUGUGGGAAGCGGCGUCGUUACGCGUCGCGCGUCCAAGAAUCUGCGGCGUGAAUCGUCCCUCCAGGGUCUCUCUGAUGUCACAAACCGCAGCAGCGCAGCCCCGAGCCCGGGACUGUCCCCCGUGGUCGGCAAACCAAGGCGGUCAGAGCGGUUGGCUAAGUCGCCCCGCACGACCCCCAAGGGGCCGUCCAGCGGCGUCGACCUGUCGGACCUGUCGAUGGACGUGUCUCUCCAGGCGGGUCUCGCGGGCACGCCGGCCUCGACCGCUCGUCAGACGGGCACGGACAACCUGUCGUCCUCCCCCUCCGCCAUCAGCCCGCGGCGCCUCUCACGGAUGCUCGAGCCGACUCCCGAGAGCGUCGCUGCGGCGAGCUCGAAGUCGGAGGCGUCCUCGCAGUCGCCGGCCAAGCCGCGCUCCGCACGGCCACCGCCUCCGCCCGUGUCGCCGGGAAACUGCCACGGCAGCAUCGGGAAGCGCGGCCCGACGCGCGACGUCGCGGGCGCGGGGCUGCAGGUGUCGAGCGGGGCGUCGCGCGAGCGCUCGAUCCCGGAGAACAGCGCCGUGUCCAUCAGCAGCGAGGUGCACUCUGGGGCUGCAGGCACCGCAUCUGGCGGAUCGACGGCGGCGCCGGCGGGCGUUGACCUGCCGCCGAUCGCCUUCGUCGAUGACGUGACGCCGGAGGCUCGGGCGCCCGAGAGCGAGGACGCCGCGCCUGUGGCACGGCACACCAGCGCCCCUCCUGUUGCUGUUGCUGCUCCGGUCACCGCGGACGUGGGCGCCAGCGUGGCCGCCGAGAAGGCGCAGGCGGCGAAGCAGCCGCGGGCCGCGAAGGCGCCGCAGAAGGAAGCGGGCGGGAAGGCUGGUGCUGCGGCGCGCCCGUCGUCGGCCAAGGCGCCGGCGCUGUCGUGGGAGGAGCGCGCGCUGCUGAAGGCGAGGGAGGAAGCCAAGGCCGAGGCCGAGCGGAUGCGCGCGCAGGCAAGGCGCCUGCUGGGCAAGGCCGCCAGCGCGCGCGCCAGCGCUGCAAGUCGCGUGGCGUCGAUCAUCCGGGCGUCGACUGACAGCUCGAUCGCUCCGUCACGCACCUCCCUGACCUCGGAGGAGCUCGCGCUCGAGAAGGCUCGCGCCGAGGCCGCAGCGGAGAAGCGCAAGAUGCGCGACGCCGCCCGCAGGCUGCUGCGGCCCAGCACGGCGCACACCGCCGCGCAGCCCCCCCCGCGGCCCCCGACCAAGCCCGUCGGCUUCAAGCUGCACAUCGACGAGCGGGCCGGGACACACACCGCCCCGCCCGCCGCGCUGACGUCCGAGGAGCUCGCCCUCGAGCGCGCGCGCCAGGCGGCACACGAAGAGAAGCUUCGUAUGCAACGCGCCGCCGAGCGGCUCCUCCGCCCCGGCCCCGUCGCGACGCCGCGCCCGGCCACCGCCCCCGCGCCGCAGAAGCCGUUCUCCCUGGCCAGCGACGCCCGCGGCGCGGCGCGGGCCAGCGUCGUGCUCUCCUCCGAGGACCUGGCGCUGCAGCGCGCCAAGCACGAGGCGGAGGCGGAGCGCCGGCGGAUGCAGUCGGAGGCGAGGCGACUGCUCAGGCCCGCGCAGAGCCUCGCCGGCGCGGGCUCGUCGUCCGGAACCGUCGGCGCGCGGCCCGCGACGGUGCCUGUGGAGUUCUCGUUCGCGGUGGACGCACGCGCCAGCGCGUACACGGCGCGGCAGGAGCCCGCGCUCACGACGGAGGAGCGCGAGCUCGCGCGGUCGCGCGAGGCAGCCGAGAGGGAGCGCGAGGCCAUGAUCCGCGACAUGGAGCGCCUGAUGCGCGCGCCCGCGGAGCCGUCGCGCCCGGCCAACCAGUGCUUCAAGCCCACGGAAGCCAAGAGCCCGCUGCUGCGGCUCGCGAAGCGCGCGGAGGCGCACGCGCUGUCCGCGGACCCCGAGGCUGCGUUGACGCACGAGGAGCGCGCGAUGCGGCGCGCAAGGAUGGAGGUGGAGCAGGCGGCGGCGGCGAUGCGCGCGCAGGCGGAGCGGCUCGUGCACGCCGCGGAUCAGCCCGCGAAGCCGCGCAGGCGCACGCGCCUGACCGUGCCGGUCGGCCCGCGGCUGCGCUCCGCGCGGCGCCCCGUGCGCAUUUCGCCUGCUCACGAGGCGUACGGCAACGCGAAGCGCGCGGCGGAGCGGCCGGUGCCGGGACACGGCGGCGCGUGGCUGAAGCCGCGGGCGGUGCGGCGUCGCGUCGCGGGCGCGAACGUCCCGAUGGCGGAGCUGCUGUCGAGGUAUGACAUGCGUGCGGGCACGCUGCGCGAGGCCAUGCAGGAGGAGUCGCCGGCGGGCGCGGAGAAGCACGCGGACGGGCCGUUUCGUCCGACGGUGCCGAAGUCGCCGCUGCUGAGCACGGCGCAGCGGUCGGCGAGCCACCCGGAGCCCAAGAGCACGGAAGAGCUGGAAGCCGAGGCGAUUCGCGCGGCGGGCCCUUUCCGCGCACGACCCUUUGUAGCAGCACCAGCGCCGGCAGCCGCGCACCGCGUCGAGCGUGAGCCGAUCGCAUCGGCGCCGUUCUCGUUCGCGACGGACUCGCGCGCCGCGCGGCGCGGCGCGCUCGAGUCGGGCCUGAGUCACCUCGAGGCUGUGCUGCAGGGGCUGCCGUCGGUGAUGGCUGCCGGCGGGGGCGUGCGGGCGGCGAAGUGCAUCAGCGUGAAGCGCGGGGGCGUGAAGAAGGCGCGUCGCGGCGCGCGGCGCGUCUCGGGCGGCAGUGCCGGGAAGGAGUGA